AACUCCAUCCCAAUUCUCAGAUGACAACUUCCGUUGUUUCUUUUCCUUCAACUAUCUCUCUCAAACUGCAAGAAAAUAACAGUUUAGAAGAAGACAACUUCUCCUCUGCUUUGCCUUUUCUGCAACAUAUCCCCUUCAACAAUUUGAAAUUGAAGGAGAAAAGCAAAAGAACCCGUCAAAAGUUUUACGAGAAAAAACCAAAAUAAGAGUACCAUUAACAUCCUAUGCCCGAUCUGUUGCUCUGCCGAUUUCUUACAAUGCAGUAGCCCUUUGAGUUGUAGAGCUUUGAGAAUCUGCUUCAGCGUCUCCAGAUCCUGGGCUGGUUCAUCGAUUCCCCACAUCUUCAACCGUUUCUCGAUCUCUCCAUAUAGAGAGCCCGCCUACUUUGGCUCCGGAAAUAAAUCUUGCGCAUCAAAACAACUCUUAUGUUGCUGGGGCGCUUUCCAUGUGGAUGCAGAUUGGCAUCCGCUCGGAGAUUUCGAUUGCUCGUGUUUCGGUUUUCUGACGCAGAAGUCCAUUAAAUCUGGUGUACUAACGUUUGAUUUGUUAUCUUGCCGAGCAGCAUUAUCUCUUGUCGCAUUUCUUAUGACGUUGCUUCCGAAAUUCGUUUGGCAAGGCUGCUUCAUCUGGAAGUUGUUUCCGUCUACAAAAUGAUACUGAAGCAGAUCUCUUGACACCCUGGACUCUAAAGCAGAUCUCCUUAGCUUAGGCUGGUCAGCUUUCUUGAGAGGUUCACGGUUGGAGUCCGGUAGCACCUCGAGGCCCAUAAGCUAUGCGAUGAUGCUGGGCGAACGGUGCUGCUUAUCAUUACCAUCGGCAGACGCCGCUUCUCUAGAGUUUACGCUACAUUGAGUCGCAGCGAAAAUUGAUGCAUUCAUUCGGAUCUCCUUCGGAUAUAGGUUUCCCUUUCCAUCAACAGUAUCUCUGCUAUCCAGAGAAAGCCUCGGUGCUUCUUUGAACUUCCACGAGGAUUGUAAACCUUCCUUGAAAUUGAACACUGCAAGAGGAAGAGGUGUUUUCACCAGAUGAAAUUUCCGGCACUGGAGAACGGAUUUCCGGCGUGGAAUGCUUCACAUUUUCUGGAGAUGACCGCACAUAAGAUUGUUUUUGUUGUUAUUGUUGUUAUUGCAGGUCGCUAGGGCACGCUGGAGAUCCCAGGGACUUCGACUGCAUUGUAGAAUCGACUGCCUGAAUUUUGAAUAAAAUGUACCAAAACAAUUAAGGCCUGUUUGGUUCGAGGGAAUAGGAGUAUGAAAUGGGAAUCGGAAUAGUUCAUUCCCAUUCUGGAUGUUUGAUUAAACGGAACGGGAAUCCCAUUCGCUAGGGCACGCAGAAUGGGAUUCCCCAUAUGGGGGAAUGACCAUUCCCGAUCUCACUCCAAGGAAUGCCAUUCCCAUUCCGGGUAUUAUCUUUUUUUGACAAAAAUACCCCCAUCGUUUCCAACCCUAAUCGCCCAGAGGAAGAAGCGUCCAUUCUUCUUCGGUUCUUGCCCUUCUCCUUCUUCCAAUCAGUCAAUCCAGGAUACUCGUCGUUGCCGAACCGCCCUUCGACGAGAUCCGCCCCCUGCUCUAAUUCGGGAGCUGCCAUUAACGAGUUCUUCAAACCAGUCAAUCCAGGGAAUAAAUGAAGUGAGAAAUGGAAGACAGAGAGAAAGAAUGGUAAGGAAUCUGACAUGGGAGGGAGGCAUUUCCGGGCGAGUAGCUGAUGACGAUCAAAGAAAUGAAGGAAUCCAAAUGUCGUAUAUACGUAAAACAAAGUUAAUUGUGAGCUAAAGCAGAAGAACCCAUUCGUGGACAUUUACGUCUUUUUAUGUGAAUUAAUGUCAGGUAACCAAUUGUCGCAAA